GAACCCUGGAGCUGAGCAAAGGUUGAAGCUGAGCAAAGGUAGAAGCUGGGCAAAGGUAGGAGAAGCAGGGCACAGCCACACACUUUCCUGCAGCUCAGCACAGAUGCAUUCCGUAUUGGGCUGCAACCACCCCACUUCUGCCCUCCCCUGGAGGAUCCUCCUGCCUCUCGUGGCUCUGCACCUCCUCCGCCCAGGAUCAGCCCAGCUCAGGGUGGUGGCACCAAGCAUCCGUGUCAAUGCCAUCGUGGGACAGGACGUCGUGCUACGCUGCCAGUUGUCCCCUUGCAAGGAUGCCUGGAGCUCAGACAUCAGAUGGAUCCAGCAACGGUCCUCUGGUUUCGUGCACCACUACCAAAGUGGACAGGACCUGGAGCAGAUGGAGGAAUAUAAAGGGAGGACAGAACUGCUCAAGGAUGGUCUCUCUGAUGGAAACCUGGAUCUGCGCAUUGUUGCUGUGAGAUCUUCUGAUAGUGGCUCCUACAUCUGUGCUGUGCAAGAUGGUGAUAAUCACGCAGACGCUAUGGUGAACCUGGAGGUGUCAGAUCCCUUUUCCCAGACCGUCCAUCCCUGGCAGGUGGCUCUGGCUGUGGUCAUCACACUUCUCGUUGGGUCAUUUGUCAUCAUUGCUUUUCUCCGUAGAAAGCAAGUGGCACUGAGCAGAAAGUUGAGUGAGUCCUUCCAGCCCCUUACACCACCAAAAUCCUUUUAAUGGAACUGAUAGAAGACUGCAGACUGGGCUUAUGCAAUGGUUUGGGGCCGUGGGAUGUGUUGGUGUUGUGGGAUGUACUGGGGCUACAAGAUGUGUCGAUCCUGAUUGAUCCACAUGCAAAACUCAUGCCCAAUUUCCUUCAUAUUGGCUUAAUUGCUUCCCAGUGGUCAUUGGCCACUUCCCAGAACAAAGAUUUUUGGGGUAUUGGCACGGGAGCAGUCAGGGGAUGAGAAGGUCCUCUGACCAUGCAUUUCUUUUGCUUCUAUUUUGCAAAGGGAAAAGAUGCAGAGUUGGGUAAGUGUCCUUGCCUAAAGUGAGGGAAUUCAAGGUCGC